ACCAACAACUAAAACGAAACGAACGCGCGCGCGACGCACAGAAUAGAAAUAUUUUCAAACGCGGGCGCACACAAAUUAACCUCCACCCUCCACAAGCCCCUGCCACCUGUCCGUAGCCAGAGCGAUAUCGAGAGGUGCUGGUCAUAACAUCUUAAAUAUAAAAUAAACAAUUGAAUCGAAUCGACGAAACAACAGAGACUAAACGCGAGAUAUAAAUAUUCGUAUCUGUGGGAAUUAUUAUUAUUGCAAUUGGAUUGUGGAUUGGAUGCACUGAUAUUGAGAUUGAAAUCAAGCGAACGACAGAACAGAACGGAACCGAAACGGAGACAAAGAAUCCACAAGUAGCUGGCGACGCAACGCGGGGCAGGCCCAGACUAAAGAUAAAUAACCAAACAGAUCGGAUAAUUGGUCUUUGGGGCGGCUAAUGCUAGUUCCCGCUCUAAAAAUAAACUCGAACAAUACUCGGAGAGAACUGCAGUGCAUCGCUCAUAGAUUUCCCAGGAAGUAGUCGACGGUAGAGCCCUGCCCUUGGAGCCCUGAGGAUCCGUAUCGCUCUCAGACUCAUUUCUGGUGACAGGACAAGAAUGGCCUACGACAUCAGCAUAAAGAACCACAAUUGUCAGAAGCCAUCAUCGAUAGAGUCUUGGGGCAUGCAACUGUAGCAUCCGAGGAAAAGCCAAGACCAAGACAAGCAAAGAACAGGAUAACUGCUGGAACAGAACGGCAGAAGGGCCGGAGAGCCGACAAAUUACAACUUUCGCGUUUCAGUGAAAAAACCCAACAAUUUAACUACGGAACAUACAUAGUUUUAGCCCCUAACUAAACUACAACUACAACUAUUAAGCAAAAUUAAGCACUAAGCAGAGCAGCUAACGAACUAAGCGAAACGAACUAAACACUAAACUAAACUAAACAACACAAACACCACAUAACACCACAAGCCCAACUAAAUGCAGAUGAGGCAGAAGCAACUACAAAAACAACAAAAAGGAGAGCAAGAAGUGCAACAAUCGAGCGGAAAAUCAAUGAGCAGCAAACGAAAGCAUAAAAAGCUCAAGCCAACAACGACACUCAACUGUAGAGGAGGGGGCAACCUGUAGAGAGCGAACGGCAACGUGAGAAAACGAAGCUUUGAGCAUGCAACAGGCUGGCCAACUCACGCAGCAGCAACAACUUCAGCUACAGCUCCAACAGCAGCAGCUCCAGCAGCAGCAGCAGCAACAACAGAAUGGCGGCGAUGCGGCCGCCUAUGCCGCUGCGUCUGCUGGCCAAGCUGCAGGCCCAGGCGGAAGGCGUGCCGCGAUAAGUGGCGGCCGCUUCGACUUUGAGGAUGGCGGCACCUACUGUGGCGGCUGGGACGAGGGCAAGGCUCACGGCCAUGGCGUGUGCACCGGCCCCAAGCACCAGGGAGCCUAUGCCGGAGCCUGGAACUACGGAUUUGAGGUCUCCGGCUCGUACAUUUGGCCCAGCGGAUCCCACUACGAGGGCCAGUGGCAGAAUGGUCGUCGCCAUGGCCUGGGCGUGGAGCAGAUCGGGCGGCAGAUCUACCGCGGCGAGUGGUCGAAGGACGGGCACAAGGGACGCUACGGCGUCCGGGAGAGCACCGUGUCGACGGCCAAGUACGAGGGCACCUGGAACGAGGGUUACCAGGAUGGCUCCGGCUGCGAGACCUACGCCGAUGGUGGAAAGUACCAGGGACAGUGGCAGGAGGGGAAGCGCCAUGGCUACGGCAUCCGCACCUCAGCUCCCUUCGGCCUGGCCUCGCACCACCGGCGCAAGAACCUGCACGCCUCGCUGAGCUCCCUGCGCAGCGGAGAGAACGGGAAUGCGGCAAAGAUGGCGGCGGAAAAGUCGGAGGAGAUCCGUGGGGGCUUUGUGCUGACGGCCAAGUCGGAUAAGCUGCCGGUGCGCCGCAAUAGUCUGACGGAGAAGUCCAAGAAGGGAUUCCUUAUGGGCCUCAAGAUGCGCAAGCAGCGCAGCACGGGAGAUCUGGAGAAGCGUGGCACGAUUGCGUCCGGCAGCAUACGGUCCACCAUGUCCUCGGCUUCCUGGAUCAGCACUGGCUCCGAGCAGUCCAACCUGACGCAAAAAUCAACGCACACGGAGUCCAAUGCCAGCUUCACGCUGGAGGACGAGCAGCUGGAUCCCACUGUCGUGGAGACCUACAUGGGCGAGUGGAAGAAGGACAAGCGCUGUGGUCACGGCGUGGCAGAGCGCAGCGAUGGCCUCAAGUACGAGGGCGAGUGGUACAACAACCGGAAGCAUGGCUACGGUGUGACCACCUUCCGCGACGGCACCGUCGAGGAGGGCAAGUACAAGAACAACAUCCUGAUCACCAGCCAGAAGAAGAAGCAUUUGUUCCUGGCGCGAUCGCGCAAAUUCCGCGACCGCAUCACGGCCGCCGUCAACUCCGCCCAGCGCGCCCUCAAAAUGGCGAUGCAGCGCUCCGACAUGGCCAUAUCCCGCAUGGCCACCGCCGCAGCCAAGGCCCAGAACGCGGACAUGGCCGCAGAGCAGGCGAGGAUCGACUGUGAGAACGCCGUGCGAAUGGCCCGAGAGUUUGCUCCGGACUUUAAGCCCUCAGUGUUGGAGCGCUUUGAGAAGCUGCGCUACCGUGAGCGGGAACGCUUCCGCGGCGGACCCCCAGCCCCAACCGAGGCUGGGAUGAAACCCACUGUAACAACGGGAAUGGGCAUGGGCAUGGGCAUGGGGGCUGGAGCGGGAGCUGCAUCAACGCUGCAGCAGCAACAGCAGCAGGGACAGUUCUCGCCGGCGAGCAGCAGCGGAUCGGAUGCCUAUGCCACACAAGCACAGCGCCAGCAGCAGUAUCUGAACAUGCAGCAGCAGCAACGGCGCAUGUCCCAGCAGCAGCAGCAGGAGUCUGAGUGCCCCGUGCCCUCGUCCAUGUACUCGCAGCAGCUGCCCGUCUCGCCGCAGACGGAUCUCUCGGGAAUGGUCAGCCAGGCGCAGCCCAGCCACGCGCAAGUGAUCAGUGCCAUCAAUCAGAUGUACCACCAGCAGCAGCAUCAGAGCCAGCAGCAACAGAGCAACCCACAAAUGAAUCCUGCAUAUCAGUUCCAACAGCAGCAGCCGCCCGGCCAAUCCAAGAUAAAUCUGACGCAAAACCUGACGCAAAACCUGUCGCAAAACCUGACGCAGAACCAGACGCAGGCCCAGGCUCAGGCACAGGCACAGACACAGGCUCAAGUUCAGCAGCUUCCCUUCGGGGCUGGCACCAAUCUGGCGAACAUGUCGCCACAGCAGCAGCAGCAUCAACAGCAAAUUCAGCAACAGCAACUCCUUCAACAGCAGCAGCAGCAACAGCUUCAUCAACAACAAUCCUCAAUGCAUGCCUCGCCCAGCCACAAUGCCGCCAAUCUACUGCGACGUGCCUCGCAGAUGCAACAGCAACAGCUGCAUGAGGCUGUCGCUGCCAAUGCCGCUGCCAUGGCAGCCGCCCAGCAGCAACAGAGAAGCGGACGUCCGCCCAUGCUGGGCCAGAUGGGCCAGCAGUCGUCCAUUGACCAUUUCGACCAUUACAAGCGGCCGCCCAGCCGCGACUCCUCCAUCGACAGGUACGCGCGAGCCGCCAGUCGCAUGAGCGGCGCCUUUGCCGGCUCCCGUCAGACCUCGCUCGAUCGUUCCGGAAUCGCCGACCCAACGCUGACCAAUGGGGGAACCACCACACCUGACGGGCGUCCACGUGCCGGCUCAGUAUUCCGAGGAUCCACCCCGGUGCCGGGAGCAGCCGCCGGCACCUCGAACAUGACUGGCAAUGGAUCUCUGCCGUCCGGAACUGGAGGCAGACUGUCGCGGGCAGGCACCCCCAGUCUGGGUGCUGGAGCCCGGGCGCCCAGUCAAAGCAACACGGUGGAGCCGCUCUUCUCCUCGCCCAACCAGCCGUUCGAGGACGUUCUGCUGCGUCAGCGGACGCUCGGACAGGAUAUCAUUCCCUCGCCAUUGCAGCCCAAGCGCACGGAGAGCCUCUACUUGCCAGCCAAGCCGGCCACGCCGGUUGGCAUGGCCAUGGGCGGCAAAGGUGGUGGAAAGAAAAUGAAGACGGUGCCCAUCAAUGUGUCGCUGCAGCGAAAGAAGUCCAUGCCAGACUUCCAGGAGCUGCCGCGUGCCACCGAGGCCAUGAGUCGCGAGGAGGUCUCUGCUUUGGGCUCGGCCCGACGCGAGGCAGUGCGUCGACAGAUCGAAGUCAACGAGCGCCUCAAAGCGAAUCCCUUGCUGUACUUGGUCAGUCCACAGGUUAGGGAUUGGUUUGUGCGCCAGCAGCUGGUGCUGCUUGUCUUGUUUUUCAAUGCGGCGUUGGCACUACUGUUUGUCUACAUGCUCACCUAGCGGCGAAGGAUACGCAAGACGACACGAGGCAGGAGCAGAUGUGCUUGCGGGUCGGCUAUUAUGCAGCCCCUGUAAGUUGCUCAGUUAGUCAAAUGCGCAUCCCGCGCUGUGUUUCUAUCCUUCACUGUUUCGUGUGCAAUGUGUAGUCCACUCCCUCCACACUUUUGUGGGGGCGCGGCUAAUAACAUUUUAGCAUUUGCAGUAACAAACAAAUUAUGAAGCAAAAUAAGUAGCCAACGUACUAUACAUACUCUUCUCGUAUGUGUAUAUCAUAUGAAUAUGAAACAAAAAGAGAAAAUGAGAACAAACACACAAAAUCGAAUUACAAAUCUAGACUGCAGCCAACUAAAGAAUAAUUUAAUUAACUAAUAGCGCAGAAUUGCAAUGCAAAAAUCGUAGGAAACUACUAGUAAAAUACUUGAACCAAACCGGGUGGCUGUGCGGCCAUUCGAUUAAUUUGUCAAGCCAAUUAAACAAUUUAUAUUUGUGGCUAACCAGAAAGGAGAGGAGGUAGCGGCAGGAGCAGCAGAACGAAUAACUAUAUUCAAAUCAAUUUAACGAAUUUUCUACACAUUUAAUGUAAAGCUAAAGGUAAAGGUAAAGCAGAAUGAAGGAAAAAAAACAAACGCAGAAGCAUAAUCAAUGUUUGAACAUAACACAACUUUGGCUACAUAAUACUCGUAGAUAAUACGAAAGCAAAUCUUAGACAAAUGCAAAGAAACCAAAAACAUAAACUAUUUCCUAAUUGCAAUUGAAUCUACAUUAGUCAGCAAACUUAAUCAAAACAAAAGGCAACUUAAUAAUACAUGUACUCAUAUUUAUAUAUUACAAAUCGUAACGAUGUGACACCUAUAUUUGUAUAAUUAGCUAAAUUGUGUGGGACCGAAAACAACAAGAACAAGAGCAGCAGCAGAAGCUACAAGAAAUCAAAAAUCUAGGGCGCUUUCUUUUGGGUUAACCAGUUGAAAAUUUUUAAUGAAAAAAAAAACACAAAAUCUAUGAAAUAUAUAUUUAAAAACAACGGAUUGAGAUUAUUAACGAAUGAAGCUGUAUAUAUACAUUUUAAAAUAUCGUAUAACUAUAAUUAUUUUCUUCUCCAUAAUUUAUGUUUAAUUUCAUAAUAUCAUUUCAAUGUGUUGGAAUAUAUCGUUUUUAUUUUCAGUAAAUUUAUUAUAUACGAAGAUGUUUUCAACUUUAUUAUUUAUACUUUUUCAUUUGUUAUAGAGAUUUUUAUGCAUAAAUUAUUGAAAAGAAAUAAAACCGCACAUUCGCAUCUUAGCAAGUGUAUUCGGUAAUCUUUUAUUUGAUAACUAUACUAUUUAAUAUUUAUAUUUAUAUUGAAAAGAAAAUGAAAACUCUCAAGUGCAAUUAUAGUAAACUGUAAAACUUUCUGCUUUCUUCAGCUAUUUGAUGUGCGUCGAUAGAGCGCGAUCAUAACUCACUUUGGUCCUAUAUUUUGUAAGGACCUUUUUCAUUCACAUGUAAGGAAAGAGAAAUUGGAAAUUUUCUGACAUGACAAACGUGCAGAAAAAUUACGAAUUGAAAGACUUGAAACUGAAAAUUGUUGGCUGAUUUGUGAAAAUUUAAAAUAAAAACAAUUUGAAAUGAAACUGUAAUGGGACUCGCGCGGUGCAAGUGUUAGGUGAACUUGAUUCAAGUAUUUAUAUUGCAUUAUAUUUGCAUACAAAACUGAAUAAAACUACCGAGCAAAUCAAGUAAUUUAUGUAUAUAUGUAUGUAUCUAUGUUUAUCAGAUUUGCAAGCAUACUCAAAGAUAAAGCUGGAAAAAUGCAUAAGAUAAAAUCUUAGUAAAAGUUAUCAAUGUCAAGAAAAUAUAUCAAAAUGAUACCAUGAUAAUUAAGGAAACUUUUUGAAUACUAUAAUAAAACUCAAAUUAACUUA